UUCCUGUUCAAAAACAACAACCCCGCCUCUACCAGCACCAAAACAAACGGCUUGCCCAGCUCGAUCGUCGUUUAUUUUCUUGCAGAAAUGUCGUUUUUUGUGGUUUUCCUCUCCUUUGCAUUAUUUGUGACUUCUGCAUUAGAAGAUCACACAGAGGUCAAAGUGAGGUCUGGGCAAAAUGUCACUCUCCACUGUCAGGGUCCCAGAGGUUUAAAUAUCACCAUGUUAGAGUGGAGCAAACCUGAGUUCAACUCAGAGAGUUAUGUGUUCUUCUUCCAAAACCAUCGCUUGUAUGAAAACUACCAACAUGAAUCCUUUAAAGGCCGAGUGGCGCUGAAAGAUCGAUCGAUGAAAGAUGGAGAUGUUUCUGUGAUUCUGAGGAACGUCAACAUCAACGAUACAGGAACAUACAGCUGUGAGAUUACAACCAGGAUGAAGGAAAGAGUGGUUCAUGAGGUUGUGAACUCCAUCAACCUCAAAGUCACAGACUCAGGUGGGUUUGUAGAGUGGCAUAAAAUGGUGUGA